AUGAAUCCUUCACAAAUCAAAGACUUUGGUAGUAUCAAUCAUUCAGAAAAUAAUAAUAAUGACCAUUCAAAAGAACCAUCUACUAAUAAUCAAUUUGAAGGACAUGAAGAAUAUGAUUGUUCAGAAAUGGGAGAAGGAACGCCUUUGUUAAAACAAAGAUAUGUCUCUCGAUCACCAAAAUCUGUUUUAGAUAUGAGUAAUAAUAACAAUUCAGAUUCAAAUUUUGAGAUAAAUUUGUACGGAGAAACCGACUCAGAGAAUGGUACUUCAAAUGCAUUCUCUUCCGCAAUACCACAACAUCAGCGUCAACUCAAAGCACAAAAUGAUGUAUGUUUUCCUUUAAUUGAAUCUGCAUUUAAACGAGGUAUAGGGAUUGAUUAUGAGGCUCUUGAGAAAUAUGUGAAGGAUGAGAAUGAGAAACAUCAACAAGAGCAAAGACAUCAACGAAGAAGAUUGAGUGAAUCAGAAUCCGUUGUUGUUAAAAAAAAUGGAAUAAAUGAAAGGUUCAAUCGUUGUCAUAACUUUAAAGAUAAUAAGUAUAAUUCAGAAAUAUUAUAUCGAUUUACAUUUUAUUCUACAGCACACAGUACUGUACAUGCACACACACUUGCAGAAAUACCACCAUUGGAUUCAUCAUUAUCAGAAAUGUUGAAAAAUGGAUGUUGGUGGAUUGAUAUCCUAUCACCAACAGAUGAUGAAAUGAUGGAAUUUGGUAGGAUAUUUGGUAUACAUCCUUUGACCAUUGAAGAUAUAGAGACUGAAGAAACACGUGAAAAAUGUGAAAAAUUCAAUGAUUAUUAUUUUAUUUGCUUCCGAUCUUUUGAUCAAAAUCAUUAUUCUCCAACAUAUUUACAACCAGUAAACAUUUAUAUGAUUGUGAUGAAAGAAGGAAUUUUAUCGUUUCAUUUUCGCCCAACACCGCAUCCAGCGAAUGUUAGACGUAGAAUAGGACAAUUAAAAGAUUAUAUAACUGUCACACCUGAUUGGAUAAAUUAUGCAAUAAUUGACGAUGUAACGGACUCAUUUGCACCACUUAUUCGAUCAAUUGAAUUUGAGGUAGAUUCUAUUGAUGAACUGGUGUUAAUACUUAAAGAAUCUGAACAGACUGAUAUGUUACGUAGAAUAGGACAUUGCCGUAAAAAGGUGUUGGGAUUAUUAAGAUUGUUAGGAAGUAAAGCAGAUGUUAUGAAAGCAUUAAUAAAAAGAUGUUAUGAAUUAAGGUCACAUUCAAACUAUUUGGCACAAAUUUCAAUUGAGAUGACACAAGCUAAUAAUCAGAUUAAUGAUAUAUUGUCUAGACUUACAGCAUUAGGAACUAUUUUAAUUCCUAUGAAUCUUGUAACAGGUUUAUGGGGGAUGAAUGUUCCGGUCCCAGGACAAGAAUCCGAAGGUUUAAGAUGGUUUAUUACUAUAUUGGCAGGAAUAAUUCUGUUUUCUAUAUCAGGAGUUAUAAUGGCUCAUAGGACCGGAAUUGUCUGA